GCAUAUAUAGAUAUGUUGAUAAUGUAGCAAAAGAGAAACUAAUAAUGGCGCCGGUCGGAUUACCUCCCGGAUUCCGGUUCCAUCCCACGGACGAAGAGCUCGUCAAUUAUUAUCUCAAACGAAAGAUUAGCGGACAAGAAAUCGAACUUGAUAUCAUUCCCGAAGUUGACCUUUACAAAUGCGAACCUUGGGAGCUAGCAGAAAAAUCAUUUCUACCAAGUAGAGAUCCAGAAUGGUACUUUUUCGGACCAAGGGAUAGAAAGUAUCCGAAUGGAUUCAGAACGAAUCGAGCAACUAGAGGCGGAUAUUGGAAGUCGACGGGAAAAGACAGAAGGGUUAAUUCUCAGAAUACUGCCAUUGGAAUGAAGAAGACAUUAGUUUACUACAGAGGCCGAGCUCCUCAAGGCAUUCGAACUGAUUGGGUUAUGCAUGAGUACCGCCUCGACACCUCCGCAAUUCAGGAUUGUUAUGCAUUAUGUCGAGUAUUCAAAAAGAAUGGAAUAUGUGAAGAGCAAGGGGGACAAUGUAGUUUAUCAUUAACGGAGACCUCGAACAACAACGAUUACGAAACCAUGUCGCCGGAUCUUUUUAUCGGAACAUCGUGUUGCGUCGAGGAUGAUCAAGACAAAGAUGAUGAUGAUUCGUGGAUGCAAUUCAUCACAGAUGAUGAUCCCAAUUUGCCUGCUCAAGACAUUUCUCAUCUGCCUAUAAUUUCACACACUAAUUUUUAGUGUUUAUUGGUGGUGCUCAAUAAUUUAAUGCAAUCAUUUUCUUACAAUAAGCAAAAGGUUUUUGGGUUUUGAUUCUUUUUUUCUUUUCUGUUUUUGACCUUACAUCAACAUGUUUUUAUUGUUUCUUGUGAAACUAAUGAGUAUACAAAAUAUAUAAUUA